GGUAUCGAACCGCGAUCCUCCUAAUCUCUGCCUCCUGAGUAGGUAGGAUCCCAGGUGUGAGCCACCAGCACCUGGCCUUCUAGACUGUUCUAAUCCCCAGUUUGCAGUGUGAACUUGCUAUCGAACAAUCAUUACGAGGAUUGAGAGAUAAAAUGCAGUACCUUCUUUCCGAAGAGAGCUGAAAAGUUAGUUUAGGAGCUCAAGCCUGGGACAAUGGUGUGCAUUCCAUGCAUCGUCAUUCCAGUUCUGCUCUGGAUCUUCAAAAAAUUUCUGGAGCCAUACAUAUACCCUCUGAUAUCCCCUUUGGUUGAUCGUAUAUGGACUAGAAAACCUAUUCAAGAAUCCAACAAUACAAAUAAAAGCAAAGUUGACUGCAAGGGUGCAGACACAAAUGGAUUACCAAGAAAAGGACCAACAGAAAUCUCUGAUAAAAAGAAAGACUAAUGUGAUUUUCCCCAAAGGAUCUCAGUUGUUUUAAAAAUGGACCUGACAAUAUGAAGUACCUUCUUUGUAGUUGUCUCUGACCUUUUUCUCUGAAACCAGGAUUCUGGAUAGAGUUUAGCUAUUUACCUGAUACUAAUCAGGAAAACAUAUAGUAUUUAUAUUUAAAAUGCACUUAGUUAUAUUUAAUGACCUCAUUCCUGAGUCCCUUUUCCAUUAAAGUAGCUCUCAUUUAUGUUAUUGCCAUUUUAAUAAUAUGAAUGAAUAGAAGGUUUGUGCCAGUAGAAGGAAAUUCUUGGGCCUCAAACAUUUAAUCACGUGAAUUUGCUGGUUGCUCUUGACUGUGGGCUCUUAUAAUUUGAGUGGAGUAAAUUUUGCUGUGAAAUAGUACAGUUGAUUAUGAUGUGAAAACAUAAAGAUACAAUUAUUGUUGAACACAAAGAAGUUUAUCCACAAGAGUAGUCACUGCUAUUGCUCUGCAGAAGAUGAAAAAGACAAAGUGGAAAACCAUCUUUUACAUAAAUGUCUAAUGUAUAAAUUCUGUUGCCUUCCUUCUGUUCUUUCAAAUGCAUUAAACAUUCAGUUUAGCUUG